AUGGCCCUCUCCCAGCAACCCUACGCCUUCAGGAAGCAAAACAUCUCCGUACCAGUGGGGAACUGUAGCAAGACUCCAGAAUUUGAAGUCUCAGGCCUCAGAGCUGUCCCUGCCGGAGGUGCCCAAGGAGGGUUGCUUGUGGAGGGAUGUGCCACGAGUGGGCUCCACAGUGGGCAGUUCAGUUUGUCAACUCACGUGCCGCCUGAACGUGGCCUGGUAUUACUCUCUGAAGCAAUGUCUUGGAAGCCCAGGUGUCUCAAAUGGGUCUAUUCGGCUUUCUUCUUUGUAACACUACGACCCAGCGAUGCCUCCUCCAGCCAGAUAACAGUGGAUCCUCCUCAGAAUCUGAAGAUCGUGGAUCCUGGCUUCCUAGGCCACCUAAAUGUGCAGUGGCAGCCCCCCUUAACGUCGGGCAACUUCCAGCACUGUACGGUACAAUAUGAAUUAAGAUACCGAAACAUCGACAGCGAAGACUGGGAGAUCAUCAUUACGAAGAAGCUAAGUUAUGAAGAUGGCUUUGACCUCAACCAGGGAGUGGAAGCAAAAAUCCGAAGCCUGCUGUCGGGCCCUUGUACGAAUGGAUCAGACGUUCACAGCAAAUGGAUACAGACUACUUUCUGGAUUCCCUUGCAAGGCGAGCCAGAGACCGAAAUCCGGGAAAUGCAAUGUACUUACCAUAACUGGAAAUCUCUACACUGCACUUGGAAACCAGGAGAAAAAAGUCCCGAAGGGGCAAAUUAUAACUUAUAUUAUUGGUAUGAGGGCCUAGAACAUGCUCUCCAGUGUGCCGACUACGUAGAAUCGAACGGAAGACAUGUUGGAUGCCGGUUUCCAAACCUGGAGCUUGCGGAAUAUCGAGAUUUCAACAUUUGUGUCAAUGGAUCUUCGUCAGGCCUUCCCCUGAGGGCCAGCUAUUUUACUUUUCAACUUCAAAACCUAGUGAAACCUCAUCCCCCUGAACAGCUAAACCUGACUCAGAGGAAACCGGAAGAGCUUCACUUGGAAUGGAAGCCCCCUGAAGGACCCAUCCCCCCUCAGUGCCUGGCAUAUGAAGUUCAGUUCCAAGAAGAUGAUGCUUCCUGGACGUCCAGAUCCACGGAGAGAGAAAUGAUCACCCUUCCAAAGUCCAACGGCAGCCGAAGAUUCUGCGUCUGGGUCAGAGACAAAGUGAAUAUCUACUGUGCCAGCGAAGGCUUUUGGAGUGAAUGGAGCUCCCAACAGUGCUUGGAAGAGCAUCGAGAAGAUGACAGCUGGCUUCUCUUUGUCAUUAUCCCGGUCACUUUAAUCAUGCUAAAGGCCAUUCUGCUAGCUUUGCUGUUUAUACAAAAACAGAGAGCCUGUUUGAAGCAGGUUCUUGGCAAAAAGGAAGUCCAUUUCUACCAAGAGGCAAUCUGCUGA